AUGUCCGGCAAGGCGGGCAAGGGCUCGGCCGCGCCCUCCGACGGCCAGGCCCGCGAGAAGUUGGCGCUGUACGUAUACGAAUACUUGCUCCAUGUUGGUGCCCAGAAGUCAGCCCAGACCUUUUUGUCCGAGAUCCGAUGGGAGAAGAACAUCACGCUGGGGGAGCCCCCGGGGUUCCUGCACUCCUGGUGGUGUGUGUUCUGGGACUUGUACUGCGCCGCCCCGGACCGCAGAGAAGCCUGUGAGCCGGCGAGUGAUGUCAAGGCCUUCCAGGACUACAGCGCCGCCACAGCCCCCAGCCCCAUGAUGGGGAGCAUGGCCCCUGGGGACACCAUCGCAGCUGGUUUCUUCCAGGGCCCUCUUGGCUCCCAGCUGUCCCCCCACAAUCCCAAUGCCCCCAUGAUGGGGCCCCACGGCCAGCCCUUCGUGUUCCCGCGGUUCCCCGGGGGCCCCCGGCCCCCCUUGCGGAUGCCAAGUCAGCCUCCUGUCGGCCUCCCCGGCGCUGUGGACCCUUCCCUCCGGGCCCAGGGGCAGACAGGCCUGGCCGGGGCGCUGCCCAGGGUGACACUGCCGCGGGGCGUGGCCAGCACAGGUCCCCAGGGCCUCCCCGCCUUGCAGGGCUACGGAGGCGGCCUGCGGCCCCCGCCCAGCUCCCUCGCCGGCCCCGGCCUGUCCGCUGUGAACAUGGGCCUGGCAGUGCGGGGCCCAUGGAGCAGUCCUAGCAGCAACUCGAUCCCCUACUCCUCCUCCUCCCCCGGCAGCUACACGGGCCCCCCAGGAGGCGGUGGCCCCCCUGGAACACCCAUCAUGCCCAGCCCUGGAGACUCCACCAACUCCAGCGAGAACAUGUACCCCAUCAUCAACUCCCUGGGGCCGGGGGCCGGAAGGGCUGGCUUCCCGCUGGGUGCCGGCGCCGAGGGCCCCCUGGCUGCCGUGAGCGCGAUGGAGCCACACCCCGUGAACGGAUCUCUGGGCUCAGGCGACAUGGACAGGUUGCCGAAGAGCUCCCCCGGCGCCGUGGGCGGCCUGAGCAACGCCCCGGGCACCCCGCGCGACGACGGCGACAUGGCGGCCGCUGGAACCUUCCUGCACCCCUUCCCGGGCGAAAACGUAAGCGACUGCGCCGAGUCCCCCCCUGCGGCGGCAGCGGGCCGGAGGGGCCUGGCGGGGAGACCCCGGCGGGGCGGCCGGGGGGCCGGAGCAAGACCGUGACCGCGGCGGGCCAGUACUCGCCCGGGGUGGCUAUGAGCGUGUGACAGGGCGGCCCCGGGGAUGGGGGCUCGGGGGCGGCCCCCCUGGGGCAGCCAGAGCUGGCCGAGGCUUGGCAGGCUGGGAGACCUUGUUGGCUGUAAGGACUUUCUCAUUUU